AGAAAGGUGGUGGGCUAAGCUAAGCUGGGAACAGGCAUCCGCCCAUUCAUUCCUCAUCUGGUCAUCUCCUGGCUAUGGUGACGACACGUUGGACGCGAGUCGGAUGCCAAAGGGAGAACGUUCUGGCGAAAGAGCAAAAGAGGAAAGAGGAAAGAGGAACUUGGAGGAGACUGCUGCCAGGCAAUGGUGAUCAUGGUCGUCUCGGAGUGAGAGCUUCUCCCAGAUCUUGGCGCAACAGUUCAAUGGCGUUUAUCGCUGGAUCGAUCUCAAGCAGGCCUUUGGCUGGGCUUGAGUUGGAGACCAAGAACUUGAGCUCUUCCUCCGCAAGGCAAAGACAAAGACGAUCAUCGCUGGUGGUGGUGGCUGGCAGCAAGGAAGGAAGCUCGGGAAUCUUUGCUCCGCUGGUGGUGGUGGCGCGCAGUGUUUUGGGAGCGAAGCAAUUCAACCAGCUGCGUGGAAAAGGAAUUGCUCUUCACUCCCAGGUGAUUACCGAGUUUUGCAAGUCCGUGGGCGCAGACAACAAGGUCCGGCAAGGCUUGAUAAGAAUCGCGAAGAAGAACGGAGAGAAGCUUGGAUUCUUGGCGUGAAAGCUCCCCAUCGCUCGCUCGCUCGCUCGAUGGUCAAUCCAAACAGAGGCAAUGUUUUUGUCCACAGAUGAUAGAUAGUUUUUUGUUAUGUAUCUUGUAUGACUACAGCAAGGUUACUGUCAGCUUUGGAAGAGCAAUGGAGGAUUCGAGAAGAAGACGCGAUUGCUCGGCGUGUUCGAUCGUGCAGGGAUCUGUCACAGGCCCAUUUCCUCCACGCCGAGAUCGUCCACAGCCCCCACCGCAGCAGCAGAUACCUCGCCAAUCUCCUCAUCCACAUGUAUGGCCGCUGCGGCAGCGUGGGCGACGCGCUCGCCGCAUUCCACCGCAUCCAAUCCCCCAAUUCCUUCUCCUGGAAUCUCAUCAUCACCGCGUGCCUCCACAAUGCAUGCCUGGACACAGCGAAGUCGCUCUUCGACUCCACGCCGCCCUCCAAGCGCGAUCUCGUCGCCUCCAACGCGAUGAUCACGGCAUACGGGCAGCAGGGCAUGAUCGAGCAAGCGCUUGCGGCAUUUGGUAGCUACCACGUCCGGGAUCUUGUCACCUGGAACGCAAUGAUCCAAGCAUUUGCCCAUUGCGGGCAUUUGGAUCAAGCAAAAGAAUAUUUCGAGAGAAUGCCCGAGAGGGAUUGUGUGUCGUGGAACACGAUGAUCCAAGCGUAUGCCAACGACGGGUGUGUGGAAGAGGCCAACCGCUUGUUCCGGAGGAUGCCGGAACCCAAUCUCUUGACGUGGACAUCCUUGCUUGUAGCAUUUGCCCAGAAUGGGAAUGUGGCCGGGGCCGAGACCAUCUUCUUCGCCCGGAUGCCGGAGUGGGACGCGGUGGCGUGCAAUGCGAUGGUUGCGCUCUAUGCCGACGCUGGAUGCCUUGCGCGCGCGGCUGCCAUGUUUGACAGUCUCAAGGAGCGGAGCAUGGCAUCAUGGAAUAGCAUCGUCCAGGCGCACGCGCAGAACGGGGAGUACGAGGGUGCCAAGGAAAUGUUUGAUCGAAUGCCUUGCCACGACAUGGUGUCGUGGAACACACUCCUGGCAGCGGCCAUCCACAGUGGUAGCAUCGAUCUCGUCGAGCGAUUGUUUGAUGCGCUUCCAGAGCCAGAUGUUGUGUCUUGCAACAUAGUGAUUGUUACUUUUGCCGAACAAGGACUGAUUGAAAAGGCUGAGCGUCUCUUCCGAAGAAUGAGCGAGUGGAACAUCGUGACUGUAAACGCUAUGGUUGCCGCGUAUGCCCAGUGUGGGCGCAUGGAGCAAGCGAAAGAGCUGUGGAGCAAAAUGCCUGAACAGAAUGUUGUCUCCUGGAACGCUCUGGUGGCUGGCUAUGGACAAAAGAGAAACGUUGAGGCUGCCAGAGUUCUGUUUGAUUUACUUCCUGUCAAGAACGUUGUUUCGUGGAACGCCAUGGUUACGGUUUAUGUCCAAAACGGAUACGCUGAUUACGCCAAGGAUCUCUUCUACAAGUCUCCCGAGCGCGAUGCUACAACUUGGAACGUAACUCUCGCCGCAGAUGCCCAGGCAGGAAAUGUUCCUGCGGCGAAACUCAUGUUCUUGACGCUGCCAGGGAGAGACACUGUAUCCUACAACACAAUGCUUGCAGCAUAUGCUCAGUUUGGGCACUACAGCGAUGCGUUUGAGCUGCUUCACAGCAUGGGGUUGGAGUCCGUGUUGCCAAACGACGUAUCGUUUCUGAUAAUUCUCAAUGCCUGCGCUCACAAGGGAUUGCUGAGAGAGGCACGCUCCUACUUGGCUGCCAUGGCCGACCAUGGAUUGAAGCCUUGCAUCGAGCACUACUGCAUCUUCAUCGACGUGUUUGGGAAAGUGGGGCAACUCGAGAAUGCGUCCGAGCUUGCGGGGUGCAUGCCUUUUCAAGGGGAUGGAGUGUCGUGGGGAAGCUUGGCUGGAGCUUGUGGACUCCAUCGUAGCGUCAGGCACGGCGCCGGUGCUGCUAAGCUUGCCUGUGAGAUGGCGCCCAAGAGUGCUGCGAGCUAUGUGUCACUGGCAAACCUCUAUGCAGCUUAAUGAAGGUAACCACGUAUAGAUGCGGUUCUCUUCCUCAUUUUGAAUUUGCAACUUGCAACUAGCACCUUAGAUCUUAAUUCCAAAUUAUCUAAAAGAACAUUGGUAGAAAGGUCUGAUA